UCCAGUUGCCGGUGAUCUAUGGACAAGUGUCUCCAACCUUGUUAGGAUGAUUAAUUGAGUUUGGGUGAAUUGAAGUAUGGCUCCUGCGCAAGUGUUAACUGAUUUAGAUCCAGAAGUGAAACUGGAAACCACUGCAAAUGUUACUUCUGACAAGGACAAUCGGAAUUCCUCAGCAAUCCAAGAUGAAAAGAGUCUGAAGUGUAUGAGUAAUUAUGAGGACACCACGUUUGACAUGGAAAUUUUGCUGGAUCAACAUAUUAAUACAGUAGAGGAGUCUGUUGAUACAGAGGUCGAUAUAAUUGAAUGUGUGAAUGCUGAUGACCUUAGGUUGGCUCAUGCUGAAGAUCCAAAUGCAACUGAAUAUUCCAGUUCUUUCGAUGACACAAUUUCAGGGACUGAAGAUGGUUCAAGGUUGAGUGAUUCUGAAGUGGAGUCAAGAUUUUGUGGUGGCAGUGGGUCUGUUUUUGAUGGAUUUGAUAGCAUAUUCCAAACAAGGAGGAAGAAGUUGACACCUCAUUGGAGGAGGUACAUAAGACCUCUAAUGUGGCGGUGCAAAUGGUUAGAACUGAGGAUUAAGGAAUUUCAGUCCCAAGCAUUAAAGUAUGAUAAAGAGCUUGCAGAAUGUGAUCAAAGAAAACAGUUUGAUUCAGGGCAGCUUGCAUUAGAAGGGUGUUGUAUGAGGUCACUACCAUUUUCUAGACAGUUUCAGAGGAAAAAAGCCAUGAAGAGGAGAAAACGAAAGAGAGUUGAAGACACAGUUGAUAUAUCAUUAUAUAUGUCACGGCAUAGCCUGUUCUCGUACUACGAGAAUAAGAGGUCCAAUGUAGACGGUGUUUAUCUGGAUGAUGAUUGUGGUAAUCAAGUUAUUGCAGCAGAUCGAAAUGCUAAUGGCAAUGGUGAAUUUGGUGUUGAUUAUGAGUUGCCAUUACUCAACUUUGGAGAUGGUGAUAAUCCUUUAGAGCAAAUCCUUUGGAAGAUUGAGGUUGUGCAAUCUCGAGUCCAAAAAUUGAAGACACAGCUUGACAAGGUGAUGAACAGUAAUGCUGGGAGGCUCUCUUCUGCAGAGAAUUUAAACCUGCUUCUGCCAUCCGAGGUGCCUUCAAGUUCUGCUCGAAGUCCUAAUGUCUCUCUUGGCAAAGGAUACACCACACAGACUGGGGUUUUAUAUACUCCACCUCCAUGUGUAUCCGAGCAUGAGAUUGGUGAUCUGAUUAUGCCUGAAAGUGCAGUUUCAGGUUAUGGGGAGGCGAAUCCUCUUCCUGAUAUCAUUGAAAGCACAAUUGGACUAUUAUCUGCUGCUGAUCUUGCUCCGGAUCAGCCACAGAUUGGUGAUUCAUGUGAAGAUAUUGCGGAUGAUGUUUUGAUACAUAAUCAGUCAAUUCAGGAAGAGUUGCACAGUUUUGAAAAGUUAAAGAGUCAGCCCUUAGAGAAGCCUUGUGAUCCGGCAAAAGAGCUAGAGAACAAGAUUUCCCCAGUUUCAGCACCAGAACCUAACUUUGGCCACAAGAUCGUGGCUCAGGAGCCGUCGACUCUGAAGUCUUGCUUAGCUUCUUCUGACUUUCAGGUCCCUAAGAACAAGAGAAAACGAGGGGAGCGGAAAGCUGGUUCUGGUAGCUGGAGUAAGAAAUCAUCAGGUGAGCCUGACCAUUGUGCCUGAAGACUUCUUAAAAUUGGCCCUCUUCAUUUGAAGAAUGAAGCACUCGGACAAAAAAAUGGUCCAGUUUUUCAUUUUUAAAUGAUAUAAGAAUUGUUUUUUGAUCAAAUGUAAA